GCCGGCAAGGUGAGGCAGGACAUGCCGCCCCCGGGCGGCUAUGGCCCUAUCGACUACAAGAGGCACAUGCCCCGGCGGGGGCUCUCAGGUGAUGCAACCAGAGCUGGGGCUACCCACGGGAGGCCAGGUCCCUACCUGCUUAGGUUACAAGCCUCCCCACAUGUAUGCUGAAAAAUAACACUUUGUCAAUUAACCAAAAGAAAAAGGGGAAGCACUUCUCAAGACCUGGCCUGAAGAGGGGUGAACGUGCUUGAAGAGGGGCAGAAUGUCCAUGGCAGCCAGCAAAAGAGGCUAUAGCCUGUUUGCCAUUGGAAUCGGCACUAUGAUGUUCGGCUAUUAUAAAAUGAUCAAGUGGAACCGGGAAAGGAGGCGUCUCGCUAUUGAGGAUUUAGAAACACGGAUUGCAAUGACCCCCCUUCUGAUGGCUGAGGAUGACCGAAGGAUACUGCGCAUCUUACGGCAGAACUUUGAAGAGGAGGCCAAGAUCAUGAAGGACGUUCCAGGAUGGACGGUGGCCGAGUCUUGCUUCCAAACCGAGCGCUGGGUGACCCCCACCCCGGAUGAACUGUACUACUUGUACCCACAGAGCGAGCUGGACAAUGCCAAAUUCGGUUGUCAGUUUUACACAUGAGCAGGAGAGGGCUGUAUGGAAGUGGCCCCUCUCAACUUCCAAAAAUAGGAUAUUUGUUAAUAAAAUACUGAUAGAAACGA